AUGCCGCCAGAGUUCGCCAAAAAUUUCAAGAAGUGUGUGUGCAUCAUCGACUGCUUCGAAGUAUUCUGCCAGCGUCCCUCUGAUCUGAUGGUGAGAGCGCAGUCAUCCUCACAUUAUAAAUCGCACAACACGAUCAAGUUCCUCAUUGCCAUUACACCGCAAGGUGUAAUAUCGUUCAUCUCACAAGCCUGGGGUGGGAGGACAUCAGAUAAGCACAUCACCGAGAAUUGUGGCUUUCUGGAGAAAAUCCUCCCGGGUGACCAGGUACUGGCAGAUAGGGGCUUCACUGUACAAGACAGCGUAGGUCUGUACUGUGCUGAGCCUGUGAUCCCACUAUUCACGAGAGGGAAGAGCCAUUUGUCUCGAAUUGAAAUUGACAAAGCGAGACAGCUCUCCCGAGUUCGGAUUCAUGUUGAGCGAGUGAUUGGUGUGCUACGCAACAAGUAUACACUGUUGCAAUCCACAUUGCCGAUCAACCUCCUCAUGCGUGACAGCGGUGAUCCAAACAUUGCUGUCAUUGACAAGAUUGCCACUGUGUGCUGCGCGUUGUGCAAUUGCUGUGAGUCAGUCGUGCCUUUGGCUUAG